AAUUCAAGGCCUACUGUAGUAAACUGGUUCGUACCUGUUUAAUUAUCACGCGAAACCCCGAUUUAUGUAAAUAUCGAUGACAUGCGCGAAGACAGCAAUAAAAAUGCCCAUUCCGCUGCUCCAACGGAACCACCUACGGUCCUGCCUAAUUUUAUUUUCUUUCUUAAUAUUCGGUUUACUAAAGGCCGAUUGCCCGUCGAUGCCGACGGAUGCCUGUUAUCUGGACUGCUCCCAGAAUAUGACCUACCGCGUGGUCUGCGAAGAUGUCACCGGGAACGGGUUGCAUAACAAUCUGGCGCUCUUUGCGGGACUGAACGCCAGCUUUGAGCUGUACAUCUGGAAUUCGCCGAGUAUUGAUCUGCUGGGCGGGAAUAUCUUCUCCGAUGUGGAGAAGCUGAUCACCGGACUGCAUCUGCAGAAUGUGGUGAAUUUGUACAUGUUCCCGGAAGUGUCGGAACUGGUGCUGCUGCGGGAGCUGGUCAUACAGAAUGCACCCAAACUCAAGUAUUUGCCUAUGGAUUUGAUGCCUAUGAGCGUGGAAAUCGUGGUGAUCGAACAGACUGGCAUCACGCAGUUCAUCAAUGACCGUACAUCCGCGGCGGACACUGCGAGCAACGCCCUCACCACAUCCUCCGCCGACAAUCCACCCACCGAAAUUUCCACGGAGAAGUGGUACAACGUCAGUGACUUUACCAUUCGCAAUCAGCGCAUCGAAUUUCUCAGCGGCUUCUUCCGGAGCUUUCCCAACAUCCAGACCAUCACGGCCACCGGCAACCACAUUGUCUUCACACAGCCCCAUCCAGAGCCCUUCGCCACAGAAAACCCCUUACGGCGACUGUAUGUGGCCGACAACACUUUCGAAUCCACCAUACCUGGCUUCCAGCUGCAGCUCUUCCAUGUCCUGAUCACCAGUAUAAAGGUCAACGCCAGUUCCGCCGUGGAGCUGGUCAAUAAUGAUUUUCCCAUUGGCAAGCACUCGGUUAAAGAAUUCUCCCGCAUAUCAGCAAUCCAACGCUUAAGCCUACGCGGGAGUUUAUUUGAGGACUACAACACCCUACAAGGGAUCUUCCGGGAUUUUACGAAUCUCAAAUAUCUCGACCUGGGCCAUACGGAUCUCCCGGAUCUCAAAGCCGGCGUCUUUGCCAAUCUGCCCAAUUUGCAAGAGCUACGGUUGGAUGGCAACCGGCUGCGAAUGCUGGGCAGUGUCAAUAUCUUCGAAGGCCUGCAAGCCAAUAAUCUUUCCUUCCUCGACAUGUCCAACAACGAGCUGAACAACAUGCCACAGGGCUAUGAGGCCUUCGGUCCGAAUCUGAUCUCCUUCGAUCUGACCGGGAACAAAUUGAGCUCCCGGACCUUCCCCAAUAAGACACAGUAUUUUACUAAGCUGAUGAAUGUCUCGCUGGCCGACAACAAGAAGGCCUCCUUUGUUUCGGAGUCCUUUUCGAAGUUUCUCAAUUUGCGCAAGCUGGAUAUGAGCUGUAAUACUUUCAUCAAUAUUACCAGUACGUAUUUUAUUGGCCUACCGGAUAGUCUACGGACGCUGAAUUUGUCAUCAUGCGGUGUGGCGGAACGGAAACGACCCGUGAUUAUGAAAGAUGCGUUCAAGACGUUCCCCAUAAAUUUAGAAACCCUGGUUAUUGCCAAUGCGUAUCUGCGCAGCAAUAUUUUUACCAAGCUACAGUACAUACCACGGAAAGAGCGACUGCUGGGCCUCCACCUCCAGGGCAACAAAAUCGCCUACCUUCCGCGGAACAGUUCCUACUUUGAGGCCUUUGCUGGACUACAGCAGCUGUACCUAAACAACAACACCCUGCAGUCCAUCGGGUCAAACGCCUUCAGGGGUCUCCGCAACCUAACCGAACUCAACCUGGCCGACAAUUCCAUCUUCGCCAUCAAGAGCCAAGAUUUCGCCGGACUGGACAGUUUAAUCAGUUUAAAUCUGGCGCGCAACCAUAUUCUCAUUAUCGACAAGUAUGCCUUCGAUGUGGUACCCACACUGCAGGCGCUCAUCCUCGGCUCGAACAACAUCAAUUACAUUACCGAUCUGUUCAGCAAGAAUAAGGCCGAUGCGCUGAUUCAUCUGGAUAUCAGCAAUAUGCCGGUGCCCUGCCUGGAUCCCAAGUUUUUUGUAUUGUACCGCAAUCUUAAGUGGCUGUACAUGAACGGCAGUAUUUCGGUGCUGGUGGAUAUGGAUACGAAACUGAAUGUCAAUCAGCAGAAAGCUAAGUACCACGUACACAGGUGGGCCGAUAAAGCCGACUGCAGGACACCGCUAUCCAGCAAGUAUUUGCCCAAGGGGACGGUUAAUUAUAUGAUGAUCCAGAUUAGUGAUCCCAAACAGCUUGUCUACCAGGAUUUGUUUGCGCAUUUUGAGAUUUGCUAUGUGCCGGGAAAGAGGAAUAUUAAGAAUGUCACUAACGUUAUUUGCUAAUCAGAUCGAAGCUCACCCGCGUGUUCAGUGUGCUUUGCUCAAUAAAUUUUUACG